GGUUCUCUGUGGGGAUUAGAUGACGCCGGUAGGCCACACCGUCUGAACGCAUCAAGCGAACCUCAUACGGAUGACUAUUUGGAUUGGAUCAACGAGGCUGUUUUUGCGGAUUUUGAUCAUCAACAAAUACGAAUCCAAAAAGUCGUCGCCACAAAACAUCACAUAAUCGCCCUGGAUCGACAUGGCUAUUGCUAUUUGUAUGCGUGUCCAUCGCACACAGCCAUACGUUUCGUUGUUUCAACCUAUGAAAAUCAGCAAAAUCAACCUUUGGACAGUUUCGAGCUACCGUCUGAUGGCUGGAAAUGGGAGCAACCGUGGAUGAUCGAUUCGAGUGAAGAGUAUUUCGACAAAGAGGGUUGGCAAUACGCUUUCAAUUUCGGUGCCAAUGUGACCUAUCGUAACGCUCAAUCGGCGAUGACCUUUGUUCGUCGAAGGCGAUGGCUAAGAGCUAGACGCUACACUGCAUUGUGUCGUUGGGUUCAGAUGGCUAUAACGAAGCAAUCUGAAGUGUUUUUGGAUAUUUGUGCGGGUGGCUUCGAUAUAGAAAACAACCGCAGUAGCACCAACAAUGGCAAUAACACAUCGUCAUCAUCAGCAUCUGAUCUGUACAGUUUUUUUGCUCUAUCGCUAGAUGGUGAUCUGUACUGGCGUGAAGGUAUUCAAAAGAAUUGCCCUGAAGGCUCUGGAUGGGUACAAAUCGAACCGAUCCCAAAUACUUCUGAAGAGGAUACCUAUCAUGAAAUAGCAGCGAUAAGUUGUUCCGCGAGUUGCGGUUUACUGAUAGCAAUCACAUGGAAUGGUCUUGUAUUCUGUCGUGUCGGUAUCACGUCAAAAUGUCCAUACGGUAAAGGGUGGAGAUCAUUUGCGUCACCGUGCAAUCUGCCAGUGAUCAGUGUUGCAAUGGGACGACGAGCCUUAUGGAUGGUCACGUCUAGUGGAAGGUUGUGGAUGACGAGCGUAAAAGGUGCAGCACUAGGUGUAUAUCCGGAUCUGAGUAAGUGUAUCACUGCUGAUAGCUACACGUCGAUGGGUGACGGAAUGUGUCGCAUUUCAGUGACUAACAAUGACCAGGUUUUGGGUAUAUCACAACGUGAUGAACGGAUGUUCAUAAGAAGCGAUGUGAGAGAUGAUGAGCUGAGUGGAAGAUCGUGGUUGGAGAUAGUAGCAAGAGAUGGUUCAGCUGGUGAUAUGAACUUCAAAUGGAGACAGGUCGAGACAGGAAAUUGUGCGAUAGUCGCGAAACGCAUUCCGAGGCAUUGGAUCGAUAAAAAUUUUAUCGCUCGCGAUUGUUCAGCAACUGCCGACCUGAAAUCAGAGUGGCGUCAACAGGUCGGAUUGAUUAUCAGUCUACUCGAUAAUCGAAACGAAUUGCUAUGGAACGUGUUCCAAGAUGUUGAAACUGCCACACUGUCACAUCCGAACAGUCCCGAUCGUCCCUCAGAGUCUUGGACAAAGACCGCGAAUGUCCACGCCAGUUUGAGUACGUGGAGGUCGUUGAACUGGAUCGAUUGUAUGGCUCAUUUACUCGUGAGCGAUUCAGUCGAGGGCACCAUACGAUUGCAUUUUCGACGUGGUGGAAGCUUUCAAGCAGAUUUUUUUGAGUUACUGGGUGCGUUUGCUUUCUGUGAUAGCCGUUGGAAGAAUGCUCUUGAGGUGCGUACAACACAGAAUAGGACAACGUUGAAUAUCGCGUUUGCAAGUGAAGAUGAAAGAGAUCAAUGGAGUGAUAUCCUUCAGAAGGUUUAUCUCUCCGCUUCUCCUCUAGUCGGCUAUAUCUGA